AUGUCUACCGUCGUCCGAAUGGACAGUCCGCAACGUCCCUCCUCGAUCAUCAGCAGCGAGAAGAAGGUCGGCGAUGUUGUCACCGUCGAGGCGAUCACGACCGAGGUUCAGCUCGAGCGCAACUUCUCCUUCCUGUCUGCGCUUGGGCUUGCAUUCUCUCUACUGAACUCAUGGACUGCGAUGUCGGCGUCACUGCAGAUCAUCCUCGGGUCCGGUGGUCCGGUGGCCAUGGUGUGGGGGCUCGUCGUGUCUUUCGUCGGCACGAUCGCGAUGGCCAUCUCCCUCGCCGAGAUCUGUCACGUGUAUCCCCUCUCCGGAGGGCAAUAUGACUGGAGUUGCUGGAUGACGUCUGCGGCCUGGACGGCGCUGUUCGCUGCGGCGGGCUCGCUCGGCGUCUCAUAUGUGCAGGGCUGCAUCUCGCUCUGGCAUCCGGACUAUGGAGCGCCCCGAUGGCACACGUUCCUCAUUCUGACGGCAUUUGUCGUUGCCGUUGCCGCGCUCAACAUCUUCGCUGUGCGCUUGCUCCCCAUCCUUGACCGCGCCGCCGGCAUUACGUCUAUGAUCGGCAUCGUCGUCAUUAUCAUCGUGCUCCUCGCAUGCCGCGGCGCUAAGACCGGCGACUUCCAGAGCGCCGGCACCGUCUUCGGCCAGUUCACGAACACGACGGGUUGGCCCGGCGGCUUUGCUUUCAUCCUCGGCCUGCUGCAGAGCACGCUCGGCCUGACUGCCUUCGACGCCGUCAGCCACCUGGUGGAGGAGAUGCCCAAGCCGGCCAUCAACGCGCCCAAGGUCAUGGUUCUCGCCGUCAUCAUGGGCGCCAUCACGAGCUGGAUCUUCAUGGUCGUCUUGCUCUUCACUCUGACUGACUGGGACGAGGUCCUCAACACUGUGUCCGGGCCCCUCCUGACGAUCUACAACCAGGCGACGCAGAGCCGGGUCGCAGCCCAGAUCAUCGUCAUGUUCAACCUGUUUGCCAUGUUCGUCUGCAUCCAGUGCGUGUGCACUGUCAGCUCCCGUGUCAUCCUCGCAUUUGCCCGUGACGGCGGCCUGGGCCAGGCGUCCCGCUUCCUCUCCCCCGUGCACGACAGGCUCAAGACCCCCAUCUGGUCGGUCGUCUUCGUGUCCGUCUGGGUCGUCAUCUUCGGCCUGAUCUACCUCGGCUCCAGCGUCGCGCUCAACGCCAUUCUCUCCGCCGCCAUCCUCUUCAUGCAGAUCUCAUAUCUGAUCCCGAUCCUGCUCGUGUGUGUCCGCGGCGACAAGGCGUUUGCGGGCCACAGCCGCUCCUGGACGCUGGGCAAGUGGCGCCGGCCCAUCAACAUUGUCGCCCUGUGCUUCGCGACCCUCACCAACGCGUGCUUCAUCUUCCCCCCUGCGCUCCCCGUCACGGGCGAGUCGAUGAACUACGCCAUCGUCGUCUUCUUCAUCGUCAUGAUCAUGUGCACUGUCACAUGGUUCAUUCACGGCAAGAAGCACUACGAGGGCCCGAGCGAGCUCGAGGUGCGUCUUGCUAUGGGCAAGAGCGCUUAA